CCCGACUCCGCCGACCCGCACCGGCACUCGUUCGCCGAGUCCCUGAAGGUGUACCCGACGCAGGGGCGCGGCAGCCCGCAGGAGGGCGGCUCGCACGCCGGCCGGCGGCUGCUGGAGCCGUCGGCCGAGUCCUUCCUCCACGUGUCCCACAGCUCCUCGGACAUCCGCCGAGUGAGCAGCGCCAAGCCCCUGAAGGCGAUCGCCUGCAGCAGCUCCGCUCCUCCCCUGCCGCCCAAACCCAAGGUCGCGGCCGUGGCCGCCACCGUCAAGUCCCCGGAGGCCGACGCGGUGGAACCGGCCUGCGGCGUCAGCCGGAGACCCUCGCUCCAGCGGUCCAAGUCGGACUUGAGUGACCGGUAUUUCCGGGUGGACGCCGACGUGGAGCGGUUCUUCAACUACUGCGGACUGGACCCCGAAGAGCUGGAAAACCUGGGAAUGGAAAACUUUGCAAGGGCUAAUUCCGACAUCAUCUCCCUCAACUUCCGGAGCGCAAGCAUGAUCAGCUCAGACUGCGAACAGUCUCAGGACAGUAACAGUGACCUUAGGAAUGAUGACAGUGCCAAUGACCGGGUGCCGUAUGGCAUCUCAGCCAUCGAAAGAAACGCUAGGAUCAUCAAGUGGUUAUAUAGCAUCAAACAAGCUAGAGAGUCACAGAAGGUCUCCCACGUGUAAGGCCCAGGGUGUGCGCAGGAGGGGGAGGGGUGGGUCUCUGUCUGUGCAUCCGCAGUCGUGAAGGUUGUGAGGUCUCCUUGAAGUGUUGUGAGCUUCUCCACUCUCUUUGUGUUGCCUGUUGUGCAAUGUUUCCAAGUUGCAUGCCUGUCAACAUGGGGACUGACCUGGCUUCCUCGUCCCACCAUCGCUGCCAGAGCCUGGCCCAACGCACGUCCCCCGCCAAGAGUUUCAGGCCAGAAUCCAGCUAGGGCUCCGAUCUUCAGCAAAACUGUUUACACGAAAAACGGUAUACAACUUCUUCGAUAUUUAUGUGGUUCUUGUGUUUUUAUAUCCCGCGCUAUUGUGUCUUAAUUAAAAAUUUUAUCAACCGGCUUUUACGUUGAGAGUAGAAUCUUUUUAAAAUAAAGAGCCAAUUUGCCUACAUGCGAGGCCCAAACAGUGGGGAAGGAAAUGGGAUCUGCUACCAAACAGAUACAGCGACUGAGGAGAACAAGGCGCGGUUUUCUGAGGAAGAGAAGCUGUGAGCCUGGUGUUCAUCAUUUGCGAAUGGGAAUCUCCUGUCGCUUGUUAAAGUCAUGGGGCAAAGUGCUACGUUUUGUGUCCGACUCGGUGUGUAAAUGUUGGUGCUUCUGUGUCAUACUGACCCCAAGGAAAGACAAUCAGAUACGAUGAAGGUGAUUAAAUCUAGGAGUUUGGGGGUUGGGGGUUUGGGUUGAUGUUCUGAUUUGGGUUGAUUCCAGAAAUUUCGACCAUUAAUCUCUUGACGGUUAUGGCCAUCCUAAAGCUGAUACUAAAUGUCUUUAAAAAAAAAAAAACAAAGAAGUUGUUUGUUUUUGAUCCAGAACUAAUUCUAUGCUGAUUCUCUUCCCUCUCUCCUCCCCCUUCCUGUGUUGUUGAUUUAUUUGGGAGAGGGGGGUGGGGCUUGUGCAGGUUCCAGCUAUCCGAAGACAUGAACACAAAUGGAAAUACCAGCCAUAUCAGUAUAGAGCCUCCCAUGCAAAAGUGAAUACCUUUCGUAACUGAACCAUAUCUGAGCAGUGCGAUUGUGUUGUCUUGCAUAUGUUAUUCUCUCAGGCUGUGGACCUUUGUUACAGCUCUAGGAAACUGUAGAGACAUGAUGCCGUGUAGCUUUCCCGCCCUUUGGUCCCUAGUGCUGCCUCUCACCUUGUUCCCCAUUUUCCCCCAGUCGCCUGUCCCGCGGGGUGGUUAGUUAGCUGUGGACCAGCUGACGGUCGUGGUGUGGUAGCAGAGAGGCAAAUGUGCCGUGGUCUGCUUCAUUGCUCUGUACUCAUGCUCCGAAGUUCUCAGCAGCACUACCUUCGAUUUCAUCGGCUAAAUGGGAAACUUUUUAUGGUGUAAAUGCUGUAAGACUUUGUACAUACUUCAGUUGUUCUGAAAUCUUUAAGAAAAAAAAAGUUAUGCUAAUAAAUAGCUCUGGUGCAGGCACUAA